CGAGAAGGAAAGGGGUCAGUUCCUGCUGCCUUUAGGACCUUGAGGAGAGAAUUCAGUUCCCACAGUAACUAGAUCUGGGGGAGGUCUCACAGAAAAACUGAACCAUUAUAAUACUCCUUUCCCUACUUCCAGAAGUUUCUUUUCCAGACUAUAAAGUCUGCAUGAAGGAUUUGGUGUCAGGGGAAGCCGACGGAUCCGAGAGGCUGCAGAAAUUUUUGGGAGCUCUGAGAGGCUGUAAACUUACCACCUCCGAAAUCAUGUUGGUGUCAAACGUGGUUCUCCUGUGCUUACUGGCUACUGUGAGUGGGGACAAGACCCUCAGCAGCCAUGCCUCCAUCCUGGCAGACAACAGCGCCAAUUUGGCCUUCAACCUGUACCACAACCUGGCAAAAGAGAAGGACAUCGAGAACAUCCUGAUUUCCCCUGUGGUUGUGGCCUCCUCGUUGGGUUUGGUGGCUCUCGGAGGGAAAUCCAACACUGCUUCUCAGGUCAAAACCGUCCUGAGCGCCACUACGGUGAAGGAUGAGCAGCUGCACUCUGGGCUGUCGGAGCUUCUCACCGAGGUCAGUAACUCAACAGCACGUAAUGUCACCUGGAAGAUCAGCAACCGUUUGUAUGGGCCCAGCUCUGUGAGCUUCGUCGACAACUUUCUGAAGAGCAGCAAGAAGCAUUAUAACUAUGAGCACUCCAAAAUAAACUUCCGUGACAAGCGCAGUGCGGUGAAGGCCAUCAACGAAUGGGCCUCAAAGUCCACCGACGGCAAGCUGCCCGAGGUGACCAAAGAUGUGGAGAAGACAGAUGGAGCCAUGAUCAUCAAUGCCAUGUUUUAUAAACCACACUGGGAUGAGCAGUUCCAUCAUAAGAUGGUGGAUAAUCGUGGUUUCUUAGUGCAUCGCUCCUACACCGUCUCUGUACCCAUGAUGCAUCGCACAGGCAUAUAUGGCUUUUUUGAUGACACAACCAACAACCUUUUAUUGCUGGACAUGGCACUGGCCCAUAAGAUGUCGUCUGUGGUGUUCAUCAUGCCGUACCACGUAGAAUCCCUGGAGAGAGUGGAGAAACUGUUGACACGUCAACAACUCAACACCUGGAUCAGUAAAAUGGAACAGAGGGCAGUUGCGGUGUCACUGCCUAAGGUCAGCGUGGAGGUCAGCCACAACCUGCAGAAACAUCUCGCUGAUCUGGGUCUGACUGAAGCUGUGGACAAGGCCAAAGCUGAUCUGUCCAACAUCUCAGGGAAGAAAGACCUCUAUCUGUCCAACGUAUUCCACGCCUCCGCCAUGGAGUGGGACACGGAGGGAAAUCCACCCGAUACUAGCAUCUUUGGUACCGACAAACUCAAGAACCCCAAACUCUUCUACGCUGACCAUCCCUUCAUCUUCCUGGUGAAGGACAAGAAGACAAACUCAAUCCUUUUCAUGGGCCGACUGGUCCGACCGAAGGGUGAUAAAAUGAGGGAUGAAUUGUAAUUUGCUAAUUUAAAUGUGAUUGUAUGUGGUUAAUGACUGUGUAUGUAUGGAGAUUUAUGGAUGUGUGUAAAUGGUACACCUGAGUUCGUUCCAUUAGAUCUGUGGACCACCAUGUGCUAUCCGUUACGUUUACUUUGAAAAGUGACAUUUAAGUGCAUCGUGUUUUUUUGUUUUAAAAAAUGCAAAUGCACUUGACAAAGUAUCGUAAUUUUACACCUGAACCGGUUUCUGAGAAGUGCAGCAUGCUUAUAUUAAGUAUGAUCUCCAUGAAAUUUGCUAUAAAUCCACACGAACAGCAUUUUUGCUCAGGGGUUUUAUCGUUUUCGCGUUUCGAUUGCUGGAGCGCAUUACUCACUAUGCCAAUAGUGAUUUCUAAAAAAGUCUGUGGAUUUUGUUACACAAAGUGUCUGCGAGUUCACCACGCCAUGCUGAAACAUUCCUCUCAGAAGUGCACACUUGUGUCUGCACUGAAUACUGUGUCUACACUAGACAGCAUGUGAUAUGAGCCCUCAUCUGUACCAUUUUAAAGCUUGUAUUCACAUUGUACCAAACACGGUUGUCUAAAAAUGUUUGUUUGUUCCUCAUUUUUUCAAUAAAAUCAGCAUCACUGAGAGAGAACGUGUGUGGGUUUUUUAUUUACACCGUACUUCUUUUAUGGUCAAAUAGUUUGUGGUUAUGCAUACUACACAUAUUAUUUCUGAAGUAUAAAGUAUGUAUAAUGUACACAGAAUGCAGAUGCCAAAAUAUUCAGUAUACAAUUGACCUUAAACGCCAUAUUGAAUUUAACGUGGAUGAAAACGAGGCUCUGAAGGAUAA